AUCACAUUUAGAAUAAAAUGCAGGAUCUUCACGGUGACCUGAGAGGCCCUGCAUGAUCUGCCCCCUGGCUACCUGUGCAUCUUUAUUUUCUACCAUUCUCUCUUUCCCUCCUUCACUCUGCUCCAGUCAUAAUGGCCUCUCUGAUGUUCUAUGAGCAGGUCAAGGGUACUACUAAAGAUCUCAGGAUCUUUGUACUUGCUGUUUCCUCUGCCUGAACACUCUUCUCCAGAUAUCCACAUGCCUCACUCAUUUCAUUUAGGUCUCUUGCUCAAACGGCUUUCCCUGGUAGUUGGCUCUAAAUAGCUCCACUACUUCCAUUCUUUACUUUGCUUUUUUCUUCAUAGUACUAAUCAAUACUUGAAAUUUCAUUAGUUAGGUGUGUAUUUCCUUAUCGUCUAUCUUCCCCUUUAGGAUGUAAGCUCCAAGAGAACAGGGGUCUUUGUUUCAUUCAUUGUGGCAUCCCUAGUGCCUGGUACAAUAUUUGACACACAGCAGACUCUCACUAUCUGUUAAAUGAAAGAGUCCAGUUUGUCUAGUUCUUGAUGCAAACUCGGCAACAUCCAGUAAAUAUCUGAGUCUCAAUUCUGUGAGAGACAUGCAGCUAGAUGCUAAACCGACACCAAACCCACUGCUGUGGAGUCGAUUCUGACCCAAAGCGAUCUUAUAGGACAGAGUAGAUAUGCCCUGUAGGCUGUGAAUCUUCACAGAAGCAGACUGCCUUCUCCCACAGAGCAGCUGAUGGUUCAAACCGCCGAACCUUCCGUUGGCAGCAGAGCGCUUUAACCACGGCCCGACCAAGGCUUCUUAGCUAGAUGCUAGAGCUUCAAGUGUAUAAAACAGUUCCUGACCUUAACUGAAUAGUGGUUACCUUUUGGGCGGUUACUGAUGGGGAGAGAGCUCAAGAGAGCCUUUGGGGUAUUGGAAAUGUUCUUUAUCUAGGUGGUGGUCAUAUACGUGCAUACGUCAGAACAACUUUAUUGAGCUAUACACGUUAAGAUGUGUCCAUUUUAUUAUGAGUUGCACCCUGAUAAAAUAAAUAAAUAAAAAGUUUCUGACCUAUCUAAACACAGUAACAAGUUAAUUUCCAGUGUGGUAAGAGCAACGAUAGAGGUCUGGAGAGCCUGGUACACGAGGUGUGGGAAAGUAACCCUCCAAGUACCUAAAGUUGGCCUAUCCUGAUAACAGGAAAAUAGGAUGUAUACUGUCUUCCUUCUAACACCAGAACCUCUCAGAGAUCAUGGGCCUUCUCCCAUGCCUUGGGAUGACAUUCCCAAUUUCGUGCUCAGCAUUGGUGUCCAGAUAAGCGCUCAAUAGCCAAGGAUGCUCCACCUGUUGGGAACCAGAGCCCUCAGGACGAGAUUCCCUCAAUGGAGCCCACGGCCAGAGAAACAAUGAGACAGUCUUUGUACUUAAGAUUUUUAACUAUAGCAUGAGGAUGUGGACGCAGUGUCCAUGUGCGUUUGACGAGACUAUUACGAGUACAGAUAUUCCCCACUGGACGUCACAACUACAGACAAAACAUUGAAAGACACUUUGCCCGGGCCACAACAGCGCGCACGCGCAGCCAAUAGCCGCGGCCACGCAGGCGCACGACGGUCCAACCGUAGGCAAAGUGGGUGAAGGCGUCCGCGGGCGCGCGCGCUCCCGGGUACGCGGGGAGAGGGGCGUGCGCCAUGGAACAACGGUUAGCCGAGUUCCGAGCGGCCCGAAAACGGGCCGGGCUGGCAGCAGGACUGAAUACCUCAAACCAGAUCUCACAAACCUCGGGAGAGAAGGCGGAAGCAUCCCCGGGCUGGCUAAAACGGUUCCUGGUGUGGAAAGCGAGGCCCGCGAGCCCCCGGGCCCAACCCAGCCACGCUCAGAAAGCAGCUCAGCCUGGGGGCAGCACAUCACAGCCACCACGGAAUAAAGCCAUUCCUCUGCCACCACGCCAUGACCAGUCUUUGCUGACCAAUAUCACCGUCUUGAAGGUUCUUCUCUGGUUGGUCCUACUGGGACUGUUUGUGGAGCUGGAAUUUGGCCUGGCUUAUUUUGUCCUGUCGUUGUUCUACUGGAUGUAUGUCGGGACACGGAGCCCUGAAGAAAAGAAAGUGGGAGAGAAGAGCGCCUACUCCGUGUUCAACCCGGGCUGCGAAGCCAUCCAGGGCACCCUGACUGCAGAACAGCUUGAGCGGGAGUUACAGUUAAGACCCCCGGAGGGGAGAUAGGACCACGCUCCGCUGUCAUGCAGCUAACCUCAGACACAGUCCUCUUAGCUCUCAGGUGUGGACUUGACAUCCUGUGCACAAGACUAAGAAUAGCUUGCGAGUUAGCUCUCUGACUGCAUGGUUUUUCUACAUUCUUUCCCUGGUCUGCUGCUGCAAUUUUAUCUUUGAACUUCUCUUGGGUUUUGGUGAAACCCAUUGAGAGACACUCACUGUCUGAUGCAAUUUAUAAAAAUUACAUACUCGA